UUCAUUUCUAAUACAUGUACGUUAAGCAUUCACGAUAUAGUCCACUGAGACGUGUUCAAACACGUUUCCCCGCCUGUAAAUAAACGCCGUAGGCGGCAGUUGUUUGUGGACGUAAAAACCCUCCAAAAUCAUGAAGCAGACGAACUCUUGCAAAUCCGAAAGCAGUUGACGUUUUACUACCACAGCAGCUAGUCACUCAUUUCCUAUUGUCCGUCCUGUUGUGUUAUUUUUUUCCUAUACAAGUAUUUACCAAAGUGUUACAUUACAAGAACAUGGAUACUCAAGCUGUGAUGCUACGUGAAGAAAUUCGAAUGGAAGAACCGGCGCGUAAACGUUUUUGCCCAGAUUACUUAGCAGCCGAAUUAAGUGGUUCCUCUUGCAAUGCAGAUGUAGAUGUAAACGACGAGGAAAACGACAAAGAAUCUGUUUAUUCAUGGCAGAGCUAUGAAACAGCUUGGGCAGCUGAUUCUGGUGAUGAUUGGAAUUUCUCAGAGGAUGAUGAAUCUCUAACAGAAUAUGAAAUCGUUGAUGAAAACAGUACAGUUCUAGAAUCUCCAUGCAGUGAUUCAUCAAGCUCAACUGAUGUUCCUAAUAUUCAUUUCCCUGAAGGUCUUUUGCCAUCCCAUAUGACUGAAAGCAGUUCCUCCUUUAGCGACGAAUCCGGUUGGGACGAUCCCAACGGUGAAACGAGUAGUUAUUUUGAUGAUAGAUCUCAAUCACAAACCAGUUGGAAAUGCCUGGAAUGCAGAGCACCGACAUCAGCUCCACGCAAUUUUUGCUUCACUUGCUAUCAGAAGCGGAAAUCGAGCAGACCGCCACGUCCAGUUAGGAGGUCUAAGAAGCCUGGGAGAACCAAAACAUCUGGUUCUUCUCACACCGACGACUGCGAAAUGGUAAUUUCGUCACCUGGCAUUUCGAGCGAUAACAUAUGCACAGUUUGUCAUGUUGAGGUACGAAAUGGUGCCUUCGUUCACAGAAAAACAGCCCACGUUGCAGCUUGUUAUGCAUGUACGUUGAAAAUAUCCAAAAAACCCAACGCCAAGUGUCCUAUUUGCCGCCAGUCCAUUCAGAACACGAUAAAAAUUUUCUUCAAUUAAAAGUCGGCACUUCAAAUUAUUUUUUUAAACUCAGAAAGUUCAUUUUCUUAAAAAAAAAAACUAAAAAACAAAAACAAAAGAAAAAUAUCUAAUUAUAAAAUACAUUUAGUUAAUGUCUUGAA